GUGGGGCCUCCUCCCAGUGUAGUCCUACUCUGCCCUUAGUGCAGGUCUACUAGUAGAGGCUAUUGUUACUUGAUUCAAGGAAAGACUUGAUUAAAGGGGUAGAGCCCCUAAAUAUUGCUUAAAACAGUGAAGGUCCUAGCUUGCCUGACUUCAAGAAAUAAGUAUCCCUUGCAGCCUCCAGGGCUGCCAGAAAAUGGGAAGCAGCUACCCUGGGGCUCUGGGGCUUGCAUUCCUCCUCUUGCUGGUUUUACCCCCUCUGCUGCCAAGCAGUGGGGCAUACCAGCAGAGAGCCCCGACCUGGCUAGAUUUCCACCACCUCACUCGGGCCAGGAGAAGCCUCCCCAGCAAUACCAACCUGGAUGGGGAGAGCACCCGCCAGGGCCACAGCCAGGACACAGGGUCCAGGGAGAGGCUGGCAGAUCACAAGAAAUCCUGCCAGAGCAAUCUUGACCUCUAUUUAAUAUUGGACAAGUCAGGAAGUGUGGACACCAACUGGAUAUUUAUAUACGACUUCGUAGAGCAUUUCCUCAAAAUAUUUGAAAACCCGAACAUGCGCAUCUCGAUAGUCACCUUCUCCACAUGGGGCCACACCUUCCUAAAGCUCACCUCAGACAGAAAAGAAAUCGAAGACGGUCUCAACAAACUACGCAACACAGUGCCUACCGGAAACACAAACAUGCAGGAAGGAUUUAAAGCGGUCAAUGAGCAGAUCUCCACAGCAAACUCUGGAGAAAAGAAAAUUCACUCCAUGGUUAUCUCCCUAAUUGAUGGAGCACUUUGGCCAGAGUCCUUUCAGGCUACCAAGAAUGAAGCUCAGAGGACUCGACAACUGGGAGGGACUGUUUACACUGUGGGUGUCAACAACUACGUGAAAAACCAGCUCCUGGCAAUUGCAGACAGCGAGGGGCACGUGGUUGGUGUGGACAGUGGAUUCUUUGAUCUGAGGAACAUCGUUGACUCACUCGCAGCUAAGUCCUGCAUUGAGCUGACAAGUGUGGAACCGACCAAUUACUGUGUGGGAGAAAACUACGAUGUAGGCGUCUUUGGAAGAGGUUUUCAUAACACCAAAAACAAAAACGAAGUUCUUUGCAGGUUUAAGAUAGUUGACACCGUAUUUUUUGAUGAAAAAGCCACCCAGGUGGAUGACACCAGCAUAAAGUGUCCGGGAGUGAAGAUAGACGUAGCAGCCAACGAGAUCUCUGUUGAAGUGAGCCUGAACAACGGUGCCAGCUUCAUCAGCAACGGGCUCAAGAUCAGCAGCAAGGACUGUGGGAGUCACAGGACCGGCCAGAGGACGCGCAUCAGCCCCUCAGGAUUCCCGCCGACGCACAGCUCGUCUGUCAUCAGGCCCAUGAGGAAAGUCCUCAGGAGAAACGCAGGGCUGGCCCAGGUACCACAGCCACCUGCCGUUCCCAAUGUGGCGGCCGCAGGUUCUGGAAAUCAAGGCACACAGUUCCCCAACAUCAACGCUUACCACUUGGCUGCAUGCAUGCUUGUAAUACUAAUACCUCUGGUGAUAGCGUGCUUGUGGCGACUCUACCGCAGAAAGAACAAGACGGUGGUGAGUUGUUUUUUUGUUCCUGAUGCCCACACAGACUUCACAAACAGGCCUCCUGAGCUGUGGGAUAUCACCAUUUCCCACCCCACCAUCUCCACCUACCUGGACAGAGAGAGCUGGCAGAAAGCAGGGUGACAGAGGGGCAGGGAGGGAAUCCUGGGAGGACCUAAGACUCACAAAAUGGCAUCAGACAACACCCCUCCAUGCUCCCAAAGGUCUGAUCCAGAGCCUCCGUCACACUACAAAUUGCAGUAGCUGUUGCAGCAAGUGCCAUGAUCCACAGUGACAUGACCAGGGCUUUACUUUUGGUUUGUGUGUCAGUUCCCAACGAUUGGUCAUUGGCUGGUCCUUCCCUGGGUUAAGUGAGCAGUUGGAAAAGGAACCUCAGGGUUCCAGUACUGGUCACCCCCCUGCAGUCUCUGACCCUGUUGGGUUGCAUUUCUUUGGUUUCCUCCUUGUUUCCUGGCAGGUUGGGGGAUUGACUGGGCUUGUCCUUUGUGCACUUCAGGGCUGAGGAGGGUGGAGGGAGUCUUACCUGGCAUGAGCUGUGCGGGAGGCCCAGGCCAAGUACACCAGUGACCAAGGGUCAGCUGAGCUGCCUGUGGCUCUCCUGGGUAAGGAGGCCCAAACAGGACCCACAGAAUGUGCACAGCAGGGCCAUUGUGACCUAUAACGGGGAGACCUAGGAAGCAGGCCCCACUCAGAGGCUGGCUUCAGUGCUGCUGCAGUGUGGUCAGGGAGGCUGCAUCUGCCAACACCAGGCCACUCAGCCUCUGCUGACACUCCUCCUCGAUGUCCACAUUUACACUGUCAAACCCCAUGACCAGGCUUCUCCAAAGGGCAGUGCAGGAAACCCAGGGGGCAAGAGUGAAUUUGUUGCCCUUUGGGGAAGGAUCAUUUUUGCAAAAUAUGUGGAGUUUGCCUGUGCUUCCCACGGAGGGCCUCCCUUGCAGUACAAGGUGCUGUUAAUCAGUUGUCCUUGAAUCCUCCCAACAAGCUUUAGCUGAGGGGCCAGAAGUUGACAGGUGCCGGGGCAACACCUCAUGUGUCUGCACUUGGAACUGCCACUCAAAAAUUUCUCUUCCUAGCAACCAUGUGCACCACCAACGUGCCCCACGGUGGUGGUCCCUGGUGGUGGACAUAGCGACAUAAGACAGCUAGAGGUAAGAAGGGUCCUGGGGAAGGGUGCUGUGCACCCAAUUGGGGCUAUGGAAGAGAGGGUACAGACAGGGCGGGCCCAGAAGGCAUGGCUUGGAUGGAGAUGAGUUUUAAAGUAGCUGAACUUUGCUCCCUUGGCUGCAGUACCAGGCUCUCCACUCAGUGGGCCGAGGUUUAUGGAAACAGUGACUACACAGAGGUUCUCAUCAGCACCAACAAUGUCGUGGGUUCCCUGAGAAGUGGGUUUGAUGUAAAACAAAAUCACUAGAUUCAUGAAGGUCAGAAUGUAGAAGAAAUAGGAAUUUCUGAGUCAAAUUCUUUCCCCCGUUAAGUGGAAAUGCUGGUGCACCUGCUGUCCGCAGAAGCCGGCUCAGCAGAGUGAGAAAGAAGCCACUGCCUUGUCCUCCUGCUCUCAGCCAGGGUGACAAGGGUCACAUGGAACAGAGGCCUGAGGGAAUGUCCUUCCCCAGGAAGCACUAGGGGCCCCCCUGCUGAGUCACAACCCAGAACCAGGGGCCCCCACCACAAGAAUAGAGUCUAGAUGGCUGGUGUGGAGGAAAAAGGAGCCCACAAUUUCUGCCUGGCUUUGUCCUGCCUCCUGGUCCUGCCUCUGUCCUGCUUGGGCCAUGGCUUCCUCCAGGAGCUUCUAUGGCAUCAGGAGAGCCAGCCCUGCCUUCCUCUCAGUAUGCAACACAGCGGUGCCCAACACACCUUCCAGAGAGGUGGAAGCCCUGACCAAGGGCUUGUUCCUGCUCACAGGACAUGGCCACCCCUCUGAAAACACCAGGGUGGAGCUGGAGCGCAGGGUCCAGAGCUCCCUUCGGAUCCCCCACCAGGGAUCCGGUCACUCUGUCUGUCCUGAGCUGCCUCUUCUCUCCACCCUCCGUCAGCAGGACCCUGCACACUGAUUGGGCAUGGAGCCUCUUCCCUGCGUUCCCUGGUGGGCCUCAUGAGUGCAGGCCUCCUCCUUCCUUCCAUCUAGCUCCUUCCCAGGUACCCCGCAGGCACCUCAUGUUCCCCUCCAAGACACCGCAGAUCACCUCCAGCCUUGUACUUUAGCUCUGCUCGCAGCUCCUGGCUUGUCCUGCAAAAAAUAGUAAUUUGACUGAUCCCUAAACAAUCCCUGACCCACACCCUCACCCUCCAAAUCAGGUCCCUUGCAAAAGUAAAUGCAUCCCAGGGAGUUUGUGGGUACAGGGCUCAGGUGACUUUGGGAACUGGAGGGGACACUGUCCCGCUGGAGGCAGCAGCCAGCUCAGAGCUUCCUCACAGGCUCUUCUGCU